AUGGAUAUUAUGAUUUAUUAUCGUUUACAAAACUUCUAUACUAUUUUAAUAUCGCUUAUGUCAAUAUUUAAUGUUUCAUUUAUCUAUAUGAUUGAUGAAAAUGAUGAAGAUAUUAUAAAUGAAGCCACAGAUGAAUAUUCUGAAACAGUUACCGAAAUACCAUUAGAUCCAGCUGUACAGAUUGAAUAUGUUCAAAUAGAUGUGCGUAUUGUACAUACUAUUAAUCAAAAUUAUAUAGGAUUUGGACAAACUCAACCUUGUUAUCCAGUUCAACUAUUAUUUAUUAAGAUUCAAAAGUUGAUCAGUAGAAUAUAUUAUUAUAAAUUUCAUAUACUUCUUGGUAUUUGUAGUUGUAUAUAUGUUCAAUAUUAUGCUACGAAGAUCGAAUUAUCAAUUAAUAAAAGUUUAGAAAUAUAUGAUAAGCUAAUGCUUAUUCCAUUAAAUAAUACUUAUCAAGAUCUUAUUAUGAACGAAGAACAUGUUUCUUCUAAUAUUAACUCUACAGUAGAGAGUAAAGUUGAUGUUGUUAUUAAUGACGAAAUUACUAGUAUUGUAAAAAAUAAUGAGUCAAAUGUCAAAGACAUGUUAAAAGUAAAUUCUGAAAUAAUACUAAUCGAUAAUUUAACGUGCACAUUAUAUAAUCCAUUUUUAUAUGCUUUUACAAAAACAUUUUGUUGGAAAGAUGAUAUUAAAGAUUUUAGUCCAGCUGAACCGCCAGAUGAUACACAUUCGUUUUAUGAUAGUAAUAAAAAGAAACUAAUGAAUCUUGUUGAGAAUAGUAUAACUCCUGUCGAAAAAGCAGAUGAAUUAUUAUCAUGUUUUCAAAAAUUUUUUAUUGAUAUACUUAAUGACGAACAAUUACGUCAACAACGUCUGAUGAAUGAAAAUGCCAUAUCAGAAACCGCAUCAAUAGAUGUACUAUCUGAUCAAAUAUUACAAAAUGAAGAAAAUGCUAUUGAUGAAAAUAAAGUCGAUGAUGAAAAAUUUAUACUUCCUACUUAUUUAAUGGGUAUGCAUUUUGAAAAACAACGAAAUCAUGUCUGUCCUGAUCAAGAAUAG